UGAAGAGACACGACGAUCGUUUACGAGAACCGUGUGACUCGUGACAGCGUUAUUGCCAUAUUCACGCGAUUCAUUCUGACCGCCGUGGAUUCGAGUGUAUUCGUUGAUCGGUGGCGUACAUCGUUGCUCUUAUAUAGCCUUUCGUUUCGUCGAUUAAGUAGUACCGUCCAUACAUCGUAGAGGCGUGGGAAUAUCAAAGGGCGCGGGUAUUAUUACGCCGCACGUUGUGGAAGGAAGCAGAAACCGAGCACUGGGCAGGAAGUGGGAAGAAGGGGGGUACGUCGUCAGCCAGUUGAUUCGGUGGCGGCUACAUGUGGAUGUCCGCCGGUCGUGACAAGGAGACAUUUCCUAUCAGAGCAUAAAGGAUACGUAUCGCAACGAUAAUCAAUAGCCGAAAACAGCCGUAAUCAUGCAGAUGGAUUCAACGACGGUGCAACUGAUCCAGGUUCUCGAGAGGACCGUCUCGUCAGACAAAAAUGAACUGGAAGCAGCUCAGAAUUUUUUGGAGCAAGCAGCACAAACUAAUCUCCAUGAGUUCAUGCAAAGACUCAGCGAAGUGCUGGUUACUGCCACUGCUAGUCCUCUUGCCCGUAUGGCUGCGGGUCUUCAGCUCAAAAAUCAACUUACGUCCAAAGAUGCCCAAUUGAAGUACCAAUAUCAGCAACGCUGGCUUGCAAUUCCUGCAGAAAUCAGGGAAUUUGUCAAGAAAAAUAUUUUGGUAGCACUUGGGACAGAGAACAAUAGGCCAAGUUCUGCAGCACAAUGUGUUGCAUACGUUGCAGUUGCUGAAUUGCCUGUUGGUCAGUGGACCGAUAUUAUUCAUCUCCUAGUCACCUAUGUUGAAAAUCCCAACAACACAGAAAGAAUGAAAGAAGCAACGCUUGAAGCCAUUGGUUACAUUUGUCAAGAAAUAGAGAGCGAUGUUUUGGUACCUCAGUCUAAUGAAAUUCUCACAGCAAUUAUUCAUGGCAUGAAAGGUUCUAGUACUUCGGAUCAUGUUCGUCUUGCAGCUACAAGCGCUCUCUAUAACUCUUUAGAAUUUACCAAAGGAAAUUUUGAAAUAGGGACGGAAAGAAAUUUCAUCAUGGAAGUGGUUUGUGGAGCAACGCAGUCUUACAAUACCCAAGUUAAAGUAGCUGCUUUACAGUGUCUUGUAAAAAUUAUGUCUUUAUAUUAUCAAUACAUGGAGCCGUACAUGGCUCCUGCGUUAUUUCCUAUAACCUUGGAAGCCAUGAAGUCUAAUAUUGAUGAAGUUGCACUGCAAGGAAUUGAAUUUUGGUCAAACGUAUCAGACGAAGAAGUAGAUUUGUCCAUGGAAGAAGGGGAAGCUUCCGAUGGAGGUCGGCCACCGGUUAAAGUAUCGAGGCAUUACGCGAAGGGAGCUUUGCAGUACCUAGUACCUGUAUUGAUGAAGAAACUCGCUAAACAAGAAGAAUUCGACGACGAAGAUGAUUGGAAUCCUUCUAAAGCAGCUGGAGUGUGUUUAAUGUUACUGUCUUCUUGCUGCGAGGAAGCUAUCGUUCCAUAUGUUCUUCCAUUCGUAAAGGACAACAUUAGGAGUGCCGAUUGGAGGUAUCGAGAUGCUGCUUUGAUGGCUUUCGGAUCGAUCCUUAGUGGUUUGGAUCCUGCCACCGUGAAACCAUUAGUAGAACAAGCUAUGCCAACGCUCAUCGAACUGAUGUACGACAGUAGCGUCGCUGUGCGAGAUACAGCUGCAUGGACAUUUGGUCGAAUUUGUGAGAUUGUACCUGAAGCAGCUAUCAACGAAACAUACUUUAAAACUUUGCUAGAAGCUUUGAUAAACGGUUUGAAGGCAGAACCUCGUGUCGCAGCGAACGUUUGUUGGGCGUUUACCGGACUCGCGGAAGCCAGUUAUGAGGCUGCAGCAGCGACUACCGACGAUACACAGCCCCCAGAGACAUAUUGCAUGUCUCAAUAUUUCGAUUUCAUCAUUCAGAUAUUGUUAGAAACAACGGAUCGUCGGGACGGCGCUCAAGCUAAUUUGAGGUAUGCUGCAUACGAAGCUUUAAUGGAAAUGGUCAAGAACUCCCCGCGCGAUUGUUAUGUAACCGUACAGAAAACGACAAUGGUAAUCUUAGAGAGGUUGCAGCAGGUACUCCAAAUGGAAACUCAUAUCCAAACUCAUUCCGAUCGAGCCGAAUACAACGAUCUGCAGUCGUUGCUAUGUGCUACAUUACAAUCUGUAUUGCGUAAAGUCACACCGGAUGACGCUCCGCAAAUAUCAGACGUGAUAAUGACUGCGUUGUUAUCCAUGUUCAAUUCGAACUCUUGCAAAGCUGAAGGCGUACAGGAGGACGCGCUCUUGGCUGUUUCGACUCUAGUCGAAGUAUUAGGAGAAGGUUUUCUCAAGUACAUGGAUGCGUUCAAACCGUAUCUCUGUCUCGGUUUGAAGAAUCAUGCAGAGUAUCAAGUCUGUUGCGCAACUGUGGGCCUCACCGGCGAUAUUUGUCGAGCCUUAAAGAACAAGAUGCUACCUUACUGCGAUGAGAUCAUGACGCUUUUGCUCGAGAACCUUGGAAAUAAUACGGUUCAUCGUUCCGUAAAACCUCAAAUCUUCUCAGUUUUCGGUGACAUCGCUCUAAGCAUCGGGCCAGACUUCAAGAAAUAUUUGGACGUGGUGUUGCAGACAUUAGCACAGGCUUCUCAAGCGAAUGUCGACAGGAACGAUUACGAUAUGAUCGAUUACUUGAACGAGCUGCGCGAGGGUGUUCUCGAGGCUUACACCGGUAUAGUGCAAGGCCUUCGCGGUGAUGUUGCGAAUCCUUGUCCAGACGCUGCGGUUGCUCUUGUGGAGCCACAUGUACCCUUUAUCAUUCAGUUCAUCACUACGAUAGCUCAGGAUCGUGAACAUUCUGAAGGGAACAUAUCAGCCUCGGUGGGUCUACUCGGUGAUUUAGUCACCGUCUUCGGGGCAAAACUGUUGCCAAUAGUAGAGACUGAACCACUUACCGAGUUAUUAACCAAGGCCAGACGAUCGCGCACGCAGAAGACGAAAACCUUAGCGAGCUGGGCAGCCAAAGAGAUUCGGAAGCUCAAGACUGCUGCUAACUCCAUGUCCAGUUGAUCAUCCCAUGGUUGUACUGUCGUGCAAUUUGAUUUGACUAGAAACCUAUCAAACACAAUACAAAGACAACAAGAUUGGAUGGUGCGGAUGCGAGUUGAUGGAUGUGCGUGAGCGUUCCGAAGCGAUGAUGAUGAUGAUGAUGGGGUGAUGAGUCUGCACGUGUCCCUGUCUGGCGACGGUAUUCCGAGUACCGGCGCCGAGCGCCAGCCCAUGGUCGAGAAAAAAGAUACCUGUCUGCCUGCCGGAUGCCGAGAACCACGGAUGAUAAGGAGUGCAAGUGGAUGUUGCCGAUGAAUGAGCGCCAAGGCCAAGAAGCCUGCCGAGAUGUUCCGGUGAUGCAAGUAUGCCUGAUAACGAGCCUGAAGCUUCUACCCGCGUGAUUGAGAAGUUGAACCUGAGGAAAGUACGACUUCGACGGACGGUGGAAUCGUGGCCAGUGAGAAAGGAGUGUGGAAGAGAAAAGAAUGAACGGAAGAAGACGCGAGAGAAUGAGACUCACCAGAAUGCAACAGGGAGAUCACGAGAGACUGCAGAGCUGAGAAUGUUGAAUCAGUUGAACGGGAGAAUGUUUUUUUUUCUUAAUUGUAUGUAUGUGUGAGAUAGAUAGAAAGAAAGAGAAAGUGGUACAAAUAAAAUCGUUGUCACUGUGAAAGGACGUUCGAGUCUGUGAGAGAGCAAUUAUGUUCCAAUUCGUUGCGAAGCUCUAGCCCUCCUACAGCUUUGUCAACGAUGCGUGUCCGAUUUUUAUUUCGAUUUCUUGCUCAACGAUUGCAUCGCUCGUUGGGGAAAUCAAAAAAGUGUCAUUGCCGUAUGAUCGUUGGCGUGAUUCGUAGUCUAAAUGAACGAAACAAAUGGUUGUCGGGGAAACUACCGACGAUCGUCGCUGAUGCGCGAGUGAGCGGGUGCAGUAAGGAGAGAAAGGGAGAUAAAGAGCGCUAGGGAUUAUCGAAUGAUUGAAAAUGAUCGGGAAAAUUCGAAGAAACUUGGUGUCCCCUGGUCCGAUCGUGCUGCGCGAGAAUCUAAAUGAUCAGUUGUAGUAUGAUGAUGUGUAUGUUAAUUUCUCCCCCUCCGUAUGUGAAUGUCCGUUGCUGUUGAUUCAUUAAAAUUAAUAUUUUGCUGGUAUAAGUUAUUGAGUUGUACCGAAGUCCUCAUCCGGCCUGAAAAAGUUC